CUCUGCACCUGAAAAUACACGCAGCUUCCAUCAACCUCCCUAUCAAUAUGGGGCGACCAAAGGGAAACCUAGCCUGGAGAGACUCCUCGAACGUGGAACGGAAGAAACCCGACAAGAAGAAACAGGCCUCCAAAAAGGCCGUCAACGUCGCACCGCCAGUGAAAGACUACGAGGGCCCAAUUCCAUUCGAACUACUACAGUUGCUUCUCAACAUCUUCAAGAAUUCCUUUGCGCAGUUGCUUGAGUCUGACUUCGCGCCCUUGCUGCAAGAAGUGAAGCAACAUCUAUUCAACCGGGACUUCGCCCAGGCGUUUGGAAGACAGGAUUAUCUCGAAGUGUACGCAGCGCGCUGGAGUUCAUCGAGAGCCUUGGGCUACCUCGAAAUCUUCGAAUACAUUUCCAAACACGCCUUCAAAUCCAAUAAGCACGACGGUGGGGAUUCAAGGGCUUCCUAUAAAGCCGUAUGUUUUGGUGGCGGAGGCGGCGCCGAAGUCACCGCCCUCGGCGGUUUCUUAGAUUUUUUGAGCCGACAGAGCGGCGUGAGAGUUGGUUCUGCUUUACCAGACCAGACAACCGAAGCCUCCAAUCGCCCGAGGGUAAUGAACUUUGAUGUCCACUGUGUGGACAUAGCCAAUUGGGGCCCGGUGGCAGACUCCCUCUACACCAGCAUGCUUUCCACACCUCCGAUAUACAAAUAUGCCUCUGCAGCCGCCAAAACUGCAAACAAACCUUUACUCGAGACCUCGUCUUUCCACGUGACUAGCCAUCAACAGGAUCUUCUCGACCUCGAUGUCCCCGCGCUGUCCAUUCUCCUUCAAGACGCAAACCUCGUCACCCUGAUGUUCACCCUCAACGAGCUCUACUCGACGUCUCUUUCUAAGACGCAAGCAUUGCUACUGAAAAUGACAGCGUGCAUCAAGAAAGGAGCUUACCUCCUUGUCGUUGACAGCCCGGGGAGUUACUCGACAAUAUCGUUGAAUGGGAGCGAGAAAAAUUAUCCGAUGCAAUGGCUCCUAGAUCAUACGCUGCUACGAAAAGCUGCUCUGGAGGACCCGGCAUCAUGGGAGAAACUGGAGAGCGACGAAUCACGAUGGUUCAGAUUACCGCAGGGGUUGAAGUAUCCCAUCGAGUUGGAGAACAUGAGAUAUCAGCUCCAUCUAUUCCAGAAGCUUGACUGAUCCGUUUUCAAAUGUUUUCAGGCAGCGCUUCUAUAUGGUUUGGACUUAUAAGACUUAA